GCAGCAGCCGACGCGGUGAGUGCGUCCUGCAGCAACAGCAGCAGCAGCAGCGGGCGAGCAGCCGUCGUUUUCAGGACGAGCUUUCAGCCUUUUUAGGAGUAAAUCAAGGAAUCCUUCGAAACAUCUCAUAGCCAAACAACGCGGGGAUCCGUGAAUACCGAUGGCUUCAUGUGUAGAUAUCUACGCCUCUCAAAAUUACGCAUCGAGCCCUUGAUGCUGAAAUGUGGUACUGCUGAGGGGAGCAGUUUGAGUGCAUCCCUGUGAAGACACGCAAUCAGACACACACACAUAUUGUGAAGCCUUUUGGAUACAAACGCUUCGCGGGAGACGAUGAGAGGCUGCCUGCUGACUGCUAUCUUUCUGCUGCCCUUGGUGGCCUCAGAGUCCGAGCACUGCAUAAUCAAGCGUGAACAUGAGAAAUGCAUGGAGAGGAUCAUGCUGCACAACCCCGGUGAUGACCUUGAAUUAGUGUGUCCAUGGAUGUGGGAUAACCUGACCUGCUGGCAGGCCGCCAGUGUUGGUGAAGUUGUGGUGGUCAACUGCCCAGAGCUCUUCCAUGACUUCAUGGGCCCUGAUGAUGAGAUGGGGAAGGUCAGUCGAAACUGUACAGAGGACGGCUGGUCUGAACCGUUCCCUCACUAUGUGGACGUGUGCUUCUUCUAUGAUAACACCACAAAACCUGACAUGUACUACGCCUCGGUCAAGGCCCUGUACACAGUUGGCUACAGCACAUCGCUGGUGUCUCUGACUACAGCCAUGGUCAUUCUCUGCAGAUUCAGGAAGCUCCACUGCACCAGGAACUUCAUUCACAUGAACUUGUUUGUGUCUUUCAUCCUGAGAGCCAUCUCAGUCUUCAUCAAGGAUGGUGUGCUGUAUGCUCAGGAGGACAGCGACCACUGCUUCGUACACACCGUGGCGUGUAAAGCAGUGAUGGUCUUCUUCCAUUACUGUGUCAUGUCCAACUAUUUCUGGCUGUUCAUUGAAGGUCUGUAUCUCUUCACUCUGCUGGUGGAGACUUUCUUUCCUGAGAGACGAUACUUCUAUUGGUACACCAUUGUAGGAUGGGGAACUCCCACGAUUUGUGUCACUGUCUGGGCAGUCCUGAGGCUCCACUUUCAUGACACUGGAUGCUGGGAUACAAAUGAGAACACUGCCCUCUGGUGGGUGAUCAAAGGACCAGUUGUGGCCUCCAUUAUGAUCAAUUUUGUCCUCUUCAUUGGCAUAAUCAUCAUUCUGGUCCAGAAACUGCAGUCCCCUGAUAUCGGAGGGAACGAAUCCAGCAUUUACCUCAGCUGUGCUCAGAAAUGCUUCAGUGAGCCCACGCAGGCUGUUCAGCAUUCGUGCAGGAUGUCAGAGUUAUCCACCAUCACACUGCGUCUGGCGCGCUCCACCCUCCUGCUCAUCCCCCUGUUUGGUAUUCACUACACUGUGUUCGCCUUCUCACCCGAAGAUGUCAGCAAGAAGGAGAGACUGGUCUUUGAACUGGGACUGGGAUCCUUCCAGGGCUUUGUUGUAGCUGUCCUCUACUGUUUCCUCAAUGGAGAGGUGCAGUCGGAGAUCAAGAGGAAAUGGCGCAGCUGGACGGUGAACCGAUACUUUGCUGUGGACCUGAAGCAGCAAAGGCACCCUUCGUUGGCCAGCAGUGGCGUGAACGGCGGGACUCAGCUGUCGAUCCUCAGCAAGAGCAGCUCCCAGAUACGCAUGUCCAGCCCGCUGGCGGAGAACGCCAACAUCAGCCUUCCCACCUGAACGUGUGAUUGGCAUGAGUCAGCUUGAAGGUGCCGUUCCACUUAUGUACACCAAGACCAACCAGAACAGACCAAAGUGGCCCAUCACACCUCUUAUAUAUGUAGUUUGGCCUUUAGAAAUGAUCUUAAAGAAUUUGCUGGAGAUUCAUUAGAGGUGCAUAGCUGGCUUUCAUACUUAACAAUUUAAUUUGACUAUACAAUAUAAUUGAAUUAAUUUGAGUAUGUUAGUUGACUCUUUGGUUUGCAAUCUUUUAAGAUUAAUGAUGAACUUAAUAAUCUUACAGACAAAUGAAAUUCCGCUCCAUUGAUUGAAUCACAGGAGAUAUAUGAGAAAUUCCCUAUCAAUUUUUUAUUUUGGAUUUAGCUCCUGUUAUUUUUAUUGUUUUAUUUCCAAGUGAUAUCAGUGUAGAGUUGGAGCCAAAAGCGGUACUACUACUUGUAAAAAUAAACAAAAACAAAACAAAAAAAACAAACAAAAAAAAAAGCAAUGGUUAAACAUCAAAUGUAGGGUCAUAUUUGGCUGUUGGUGUGUAAAGUAGAUGUGCUUCAAAAGUGCCAUACAGGUUGGAUCUGAUCUCAUAACAGUCCAAAGUGAAAUAACAACCAAAAGUUCGCCUUGCUUGUAUAAAUGCGCAUUGUUGAAAUGUUUCAUCUUCAAUAUAAACAUUUUUCUACAAUCAGCCGUAAGUACAGAGUAUGUCAAAAGAUAUAUUUAAAAAAAAACAAAAAAACUCAUGGACUUUGUAAAUAGUUAUUUUUGGUGUCUAGAUCACUAUUUCUUUCUUUUUCAUAAUGCAGUAUUGUAAUGACCUUUUGAACAAAAGGAACUGGAGCCCAAAUCUGUAGACUUCAUCACAUAUCCUGAGGACCCAGAAGAUCCUGCCCUCUGUAUCCUGAACUAUUUGUAUUAAAUAAAAGACACACACACACACACACACACACACACACACACACACACACACACACACACACAAGAACAUAAUCCCAAAAUGAAUGCGCACUGUAGGUCAGUGGUUCCCAACCUAAAGGUCUCAGAAUUUAUCUCACGGGUUGUGAGAUGCCAGAUGCAAGUUCCAUAAGAUGCAGUUCCAUAAGAACAAUAUUUUUCUUCUGUAUAAAAUUACAUAAUUUUUAAUGGUAUUUUUUAAGCUUAUUUUUGCUCUUGUAAAACCGGACAGUUUGACUUCUCGGGGUCUCUUAAAAUCUUCAAAACAAACCAUCUCAGAAAGUAAAAUCAAAUCAUGCUUUUUUUGAAGUGCUCACAGGUUAUAGAAAUUUGCAACCUUUGAUUUUGUAAUGUUUUAAAGGUGCACAUGACAAAAUAGGUUAGGAACCACUGCUAUAAAGGAUAGCACAGGACAUGAGGGAAAACAAAUUUUGAUUAAAAGAAAAAUGAAAAAAGACUUAAAAUCUACACUCUGAGCUGAUUUAUCCUCACAUAUUGUCAGUGUUGAGCCUUUAUUUGCGCUACAGUAGUUUACUCCAGUUCAUUUGUCCUUGUCAGUCAUGUACUUGCAGAUUGUGAACAUAAAGAGUACUUGUGCCAUUUAGAGGAUGCUUUCAUCCAAAGCUCCACAUAGUGCCAUGACUUUAUAUGUACAGGAUUUUAUUGGAGGCAUUUAUUGGAAGAGUAAAACCCUCCACAAGCUCUUAAAUAUGAAGAUGUUUUCUUUUCUCUGAGCCUCAACACAUCUUGCCAUAUUAAAAUGUUCUUCUUUUAAUUUUUUUGAAUGAAUCAUCUCCUACACUCAUAUUCCAAAGUGCCUAGUCAGUCACAAAUAGCUAUCACUUUAUUUACAGUACAACAGAUCUCAAAUCAUUUCAUGCAAAGAAUGUACAGAGUGGUGUGUUUUAUUAGGACUCAUUUUGCAAAAGUGUGCUUUUUUUUAUUAAGAAAAAGUACAUUUUGCUUGUUUAUUUGUGAAAUUCUUCUUUUUCUCUUUUUAAUAUCUUACACAUGAAGUGAAAUGAGUCCUGAUGUGUGUGUUGUUUUUUUUUGUCAGUUUAUCAUGAUGAAUGUGACAAGACUUUAGUAAUAGCUCUCCUUAAUUUAACCUCUUGCAUACAACUACCAUCUCUUCAAGACAAAUAGAAGUCAGCUUUCAUCACCAACGUUGAACACGUAAUCGGCUUAAAAAUAGAAACAAUACUUGUCAUUACAGUCAACACAAAAUGCUUUAAUGUGACAGCUGCUGACAAUCACUGAGCGUUGUGUUGCCUAUUUCCUCUUUCUGUCUUUUUGUUUGUGCAUAAAGAGCUGACAAACGAUGACUGCCCAGUCAUCACAAGAUGAAAUGUGAAAUGGUGCAUGCUAGAGGAUUUAUUCAUAAUAUUCCCUCAAAAUAUGUAUUCAUUGAUGACUUAUUUUUAGUUUAGUUUAUUUUUUGUGCUAUCAUCAGGGUGGAUUAAAAGAAUGUAGUAUCAUUAAACACUGAAUUUAUGUGAAUGUUGAACAGGGAAAGAUGUGUAUUUAUUUUCCAUAAACCAAUUCCAUGUGAAACGACUCCAUGUAAAGUAUAACUACAUGCUUUCUUCUGUGUAAUUUUGUUGUGUACAUGGUGUAUGUUUUCAUUACACCGAAUGACAUUGACUUUUGUGGUCAAAGUGCCAUAAAUGUAGUGCCAUAACUGGUGGCAGUGGGA